AUGGAUAGCCAGAGGAAUGUCUCAGAAUUCAUUCUGUUGGGACUUUCGUAUGACCAGAACAUGCAAAUAUUUUGCUUUGUGCUCUUCUUAUUCUGUUAUGUUGUCCUGUUGGCAGGAAACCUUCUGAUCCUUGUCUCCAUUCGAUGCAGUUCCCUUUUUCACCAACCCAUGUACUACUUCCUCAUCCACUUAUCCUCUAUGGACAUCUGCUAUACCUCUACAGUUACACCCAAGUUAAUUGCUGACCUGUUAGUGGAAAGAAAAACCAUCUCCUAUGGUAGUUGCAUGUUACAGGUCUUUAUAAUGCACUUCUUUGGAAUGAUUGAAGUUUUAAUCCUUACAGUCAUGGCCUUUGAUCGCUACACUGCCAUCUGCAAACCUCUCCACUACUUGCUUAUCAUGAACAGGACAAGGUGUCAUCUCCUAGUCUUGGCUGCGUGGGCUGGUGGGGCUGUCCACUCCUUUCCUCAAUUUCUUAUGGUAAUCAGGUUGCCCUUCUGUGGUCCUAAUGAGAUUGAUCACUACUUUUGUGAUAUUUUUCCUUUGCUAAAGGUGGCCUGUACCGAUACCUACAUCACUGGUGUCCUUAUGGUUGUCAAUUCAGGACUGGUUACCUUAGUGACAUUUGCGGUUUUGUUUUUUUCUUAUAUUAUUAUAUUAUUCAGUUUAAGACAUCACUCAGCUGAAGGAAGACGCAAAGCCCUCUCUACCUGUGGGUCUCAUAUCACUGUGAUAGCUUUAUUUUUUGGGCCUUCAAUCUUUGCCUACCUUCGACCUCCAACCACUUUCUCUGAAGAUAAAAUAUUUGCUCUGUUUUACACCAUCAUUGCUCCUAUGUUCAAUCCUUUAAUCUAUACGCUGAGAAAUACAGAGAUGAAACAGGCCAUGAGAAAAACUUGGUGUCAAACAUCAGGGCUCAACAUCUUUUUAACUAAAGGGCCAGCUAGACGUGCACAGGAGAGAGAGGAAACCAUCUCAAAGUUUAAUUGUUCAACUGGUAUCAUGUUUAUGAGUGACAGAACUUAG